UACUAAUAUUGGUUCCGGUGUGGUCCUCUUGUUUCCUGACAUAGUAGCAAUCUAACACUUCCAGACGGCUUAGCAUUUCUAUACCUCUGGUACUUCUCGCAUCUUCUAAUCCAGAAUAUUCGAGACACCUCAAUUCCACCCAAUUCUUAAUAUCUUUGGGAAUGCGGCACCUAUUUCCAAGGUUCACUGACUCUAAUUUACAGAGUUUGCUAGACAAAGACUUGGGCAAUUCUCUUAUCUCGGUCUCUCUCAAAUCAAGAGACCUUAACUGUGUCAGAACUACAAGGUUACAUGGAUUUCCUGCAACUACAUUUUGGCGCUAGAAACAGCUUGGAGUGAUAAAUCCUGUCAACGAGUUUGUAGAAUCUUGAAAAAUUGGAUCUGGAGAUUUUGGAGAAGAUAAAGAUGAAAAGCGAAGAAUCUAUAGGAUCUGUAAGAAAAAUAAAAAUCAUGACGAUACAAGGAAGAGGUAGAGGUGUACAGUGUAAUUUUAUAACUAAAGCACCACUUUAUGAUGCGGAUUUUCAAGCAGGAAUCACUGGAAGAAUACAUAAACGAGAUUAUAGAGGAAAGAAGGUGACGAAGGUGGAAAAAGGAUCUCCUGUAAAAGAGUGGGAAAAAACGAAGAUAACGUUUGCAGCAGAUGAAAUUCCGGAAGAAAAUUUAACACGAACAGAUCCAUUGGUGAUUACAAUAGCGGCCGAGCGAAGAAAAGUUGGUGAUAAGACGGAAAACUCAGAAGAAUGGGCGAUUAAUAGAACGUUGGUAGAUAUCGGAAGUGCUGUUGAUAUCCUAUUUUAUCGUGCGUUCAAAGAAAUGGGAUACAGAGAUGUGGACAUGACAUGUCCAGCUUAUAAUAUACAUGGAUUUAAUAAAACAGUCACAAAACCAAAAGGAGAAAUUACAAUAAUACUGUUGGGAGAAGUAGAAGUGAAGACAACAUUAUGUGUGGCUGAUAUCGAAUCACCAUACAAUAUGUUGUUGGGGAGGCCAUGGGUGCACGUGAUAAAAGAUGUAGCGUCCACACUAGAUCAAUGCAUUAGAUUCCAAAUUCCAAGCGGAAUAGGUGAAAUUAGAGGAGAUGUUACAAGUGCGAAGAUCUUCCAUCAGGUAGAUGUAAAAAAUUAUGAAGGACGUGCAAAGAAGCGAAAGGAUCGCUGGAGAAAAGCAAAGGAGUUAAGGUAAGAAGAAGAAUUUCGGAUAUACAUGAUUAGAGCGAAGGAAGGGAAAAGAAUACCAAGCGAAAUACCAGAGAAGGAAGGGGAACCAAUUCUAGAGAUUAAGGAGUCCACACCAAUGGGAGAACCAAGAGCGAAUUUCACUGCAGCAAAGCCAACGAAAUAAGUUAAUGUUGGUACAGAAGAAGAACCAAAAAUACUGAAAAUAGGAACCAAUAUGGAUAAAGAAGAGGAAGAAAAAACAAUAAACAUCUUGCGUGAAUAUAGUAAUAUCUUCGCAUGGAGUAUGGAAGAAAUGCCAAGAAUAGAUCCAUCUGUUGAAUUCAAUAAAUUGGAUAUUAAAAAGAAUGCAAAGACGUUUAAACAAAGAAUACCAAAAAUCGCAACAACAUAUCAUCCUAAAAUAGAAACAAAGAUGCAAAAAAAUGUUAGAGGCAGGGAUUAUAAG